AUGUCUACAAAAUGUAAUGCCAUUCUUAGUCCUUUGCUUGCUUUUGGGGCAAGGCCUUUUAAAGGCCUUGAUAUUGCCAUUUUUUCCCAGCCCAUUGUCCUUGGAUGGCCUUUAUCUGCUGGAGUACGGACUUUGGCAACAGAAAAGACUCUGCCUUUCAACAAGCCAUGCAAGUUGUUCAGGCUAGAGGAAGGUCCCCCAGAGGAAGGGACUCUCACCCAUGAUGAUGCCUUGAGUCUCUACAAGUCCAUGAACUACAUCCGACGCAUCGAGACGGCUUCGGGGAAUCUAUACAAAGAGAAGGUGAUCCGUGGGUUCUGCCACCUGUACUCUGGGCAGGAGGCAGUGGCAGUGGGAAUGCGGGCAGCCCUUCGGCCCCAAGAUACCGUGAUCACUGCGUACCGCGACCACGGAUGGGUUUACAUGAUGGGGGUUUCACCGCUAGGGAUCUUGGCCGAGCUAACAGGAAGGCAGAGUGGCUGUGCCCGAGGCAAAGGUGGUUCCAUGCACAUGUAUACCCACAACUUCUUUGGCGGCAAUGGUAUCGUUGGAGCCCAGGCUCCUUUGGGUGCAGGGGUAGCAUUUGCCCACAAGUACAAGGGAAAUGGUGGGGUGUCCUUGACUUUGUAUGGAGAUGGGGCAGCAAAUCAGGGACAGCUGUUUGAAGCAAUGAACAUAGCAAAGCUGUGGGAUCUGCCUUGCAUCUUCAUCUGCGAGAACAACGGCUACGGGAUGGGGACCAGUGCCGAGAGAGCUUCUGCCAACACUGCCUACUACACCAGGGGGGACUAUGUCCCUGGCAUCUGGACUGUCACUGACUAUAAUCUGGCUGGACAGGUGGAUGGGAUGGAUGUAGUGGCAGUGAGAGAAGCAACAGCAUGGGCAUUGGAGUACUGCCGGUCAGGGAAAGGCCCUCUCGUGAUGGAAGCUGCCACGUAUCGUUAUUCCGGCCACAGCAUGUCCGACCCGGGGACCUCCUACCGAACGAGGGAGGAGAUCCAGGAAGUGCGCCAAACACGAGAUCCCAUCACGUCUUUCAAGGAGCGGAUUCUCAGCCAUGAGCUUGUGGAGCUGGAUGAACUUAAGGCAAUAGAGCAAGAGGUGCGAAAGGUAGUGGAUGAGGCAGUGAAGCAGGCGAAAGGGGACAAGGAGAUCUCUCUCGAGGAACUGUAUGCAGAUGUGUACUCCCAUCCAGUGGAGCAAGAAAUCCGGGGCACGACUGCGUUUCGCCGCCAUCGGCACAGCCGCAUUGGACCUGCCGUCAACCAGUGAAGUCUCCUCUCGCUACUCGGGUUCGUGCGUGGACGGUACCGACGUGCAAUAUCAUGAAGUGCAACUGGACUUUCUUCAAAGGAAUCUUGAAGCAUAGAAGUGACCUGCUUCCAGGCAAAGAAAGUGCAGAAAGAUCCUUUAGUCAUUUGCUGGAUUUGAACAUGUCUCCCCUCCUAUUUAUAUUGGCAAUGCUUUACUUGCCAGGUCUGCCCAGUGACUUAUGUCAUAGUGAGAAGAAAGGUGUAUGUAGGUUUUGCUACCUUGGUUAUAAUUCAUUUUUGUGAUAUCUCUGUUCCAAC